UGCUUUCCAUUGCGUUUCGCAUAUGAAAUGUUUUUUUUGAAAGUUUAGUUCAUAUGUUAUGUUUAGCCAUUCAAUACUAUAUUAAGAAAUAUAGUUAUGUUAACAAAUUUUUUAAUUGGUGUGAUUUACACAAUCAUUUUUAAAAAAAUUAAUUAAUUUUAAUAAAACUAUUUAAAUUUAUAUAAUUUUUUAGCAAAAUUUUAAUAUAAUUUGUGUGUAAAACAGUGUUGAAACUUAAAAUUAGUGCUCAGCUUAAACAUAGACAACAUUACUACUGUGUCAUCAAUGGAGUGGCCGUGGAAAGAGGCGUCUUCUUUGAUCAUAACCUGUGGCGGUUCGGUGACCGACAAAGUUAAUCGGAAUGUACCAAAAAUUCCCGUAGCACCGGGUGUCCGAACAUCGUGUGACUACCGGAUAAUGAUGGUUAAGCGAAGUGGUAUGAGUUCAUUCAUGGCCAGUGCUUAUGUAUUUCCCGGAGGUAUGGUUGAAGUGGCCGACUAUUCGCCUAAAUGGUGGCACGUCUUUGAGACGCUUGGUUUGACCCGAACUGACUUAGAAGUAUUCUCAACCUGUGUUGUUGGGUCGCGACCUCCAAUGAUAACGAAUCCGAUAGUAAUUAACAACGCAAAGAGGGGUACUUCCGAAAGCGUCGAUUUUCUUCCCGCAGAUAUUGCUCUGAGAAUUGCUGCCAUAAGAGAAACAUUUGAAGAGACAGGUGUACUUCUAUUAACCCAAACGCCAUCCAUUAGUUUAUUAUCAGAGAAGUCCAGAUCAUUAGUUCCUGUUUCCGAUUUGGAUAAUAUAAAUGUAGAUUUAACCGAAUGGAGAGAAAAAGUUGCCAAAAAUCCCGACGCUUUUCUUGAUCUGUGUCUUCAAACAGGCCUUUGUCCUGAUUUGUGGUCUCUGUAUGAAUGGUGCAAUUGGUUGACACCAAUUAGUGUUGGCCACCGAAGAUUUGAUGCUAUAUUUUAUAUCUGUUGUCUGGAAAACGAACCCAAAGUAGUUCUCGACAACUCUGAAGUGAUAAGUCUUAAGUGGUGCACACCUAUAGAGAUGUUGGAAGAGCACCGGCAGGAAAAAGUGUUUCUGGCGCCGCCACAAGUCUAUGAAUUGUCUCGGAUAUACAAUCUUCCAAAUUUUAAAGCCGUCCAAGAGUUUGCUCAUAAAAGACAACGCCUGGGUAUUGAACGAUGGCUACCAGUGAUCUCCACUUAUAGUGAUGGAGCCAUAUCUGUGUUACCCGGAGACGACAACUAUCCCCGAGAACCGGACAUUAUCGGCAAAAAGCCAAUUCCAGACUUUCCUCAAUCACUGGAAGAAAUGAGAGCCAAAGCUAUUCAUAUGAAUCGUCUUGAGAUGAGAGGCCCUAUAUGUCAGACCUAUUGUAAUAUGAAAUUAAAUUGUGGACACCUCUCACCCUUCACAUACCCUCCCAUCUCAACAGUUGUACAGUCAAUGCUCUAACAAAGGCCUCAAUAUUUUAUUAUCAAAUUAUAAUUUUAUCAAAGUAUCUGUUUUUUAAUCAAGUUUUAUAUAAGAAAAUUCUGUUUAUUCACACAAAAUCACAUAUUUUUUUGUAAAAUUUUAUUUUUAUAUAAAUACAUAUAAUUUGUUGUAUUUUGUCAUCGAUAUUAAUAAACAC